AUGGAGAUCAGAGUUGCUGGCAAAUACCGCCUGGGCAAGAAGCUGGGCAGCGGCAGCUUCGGCGAGAUAUAUAUGGGACGCAACAUGUUAACUUUCGAAGACGUUGCCAUCAAGUUGGAGCCCGUCAAGACCAAACAUCCCCAGCUACUCUACGAGUCGAAACUCUAUAAGGUGUUGUACGGAGGCAUUGGAGUUCCAGUAGUAUAUUGGUAUGGGGUUGAGAAGGAUUAUAACGUCAUGGUGAUGGAGUUAUUAGGACCUUCUCUUGAAGACUUGUUCCUAAUAAUGGGGAGGAAAUUCACACUGAAAACUGUGCUCAUGCUGGCUGAUCAAAUGCUCAAUAGAAUAGAGUUUGUCCAUUCCAAGCACUUUAUUCAUCGAGACAUAAAGCCGGACAAUUUUGUAAUCGGGAGAGGUAAGAAGUUGUCCGUUGUUUACAUUAUUGAUUUUGGCUUGGCGAAGAAGUAUAGAGACUUCAAAUCGUAUUUACAUAUCCCUUACCGUGAAGGGAAGAAUCUUACCGGAACAGCUAGGUAUGCCUCCGUAUCUACCCAUCUGGGAAUAGAGCAGAGUCGUAGAGAUGAUAUGGAAGCCCUUGGCUACGUUCUCAUGUACUUCAAUCGAGGCAGCCUACCGUGGCAGGGACUCAAAGCUGGCAACAAAAAAGACAAAUACGAUAAAAUCAUGGAGAAGAAAAUGAGCACAAGUACUGAAACAUUAUGCAAGAAUUUCCCAUUCGAAUUCGUGACGUACCUCAAUUACUGCCGUUCGCUGCGGUUUGAAGAUAGGCCCGACUACGCUUAUCUUCGGCGCAUCUUUAAGGAUUUGUUUUUCCGCGAAGGGUUUGCGUACGACUUCAUAUUUGAUUGGAGUUUCUGUACUUCCACUGCCCCAAUGACCGAAGCUGCAGCUGAGCGUCCAGACAACGCUGCCUAG